AUGAGUGGUAGUAAGAAGCAUGGUGCUGCUCCUACAGUGGAGCAAAUAAAUGCUGAUGUGCUGACUCAGCUUGCAAGCCUCUAUUGGGCACCUCACAGUACUUUACCAAGAAAGUCAUAUGACCCUAAGGUUAUUGAAGACAUAUAUAAAAAAGAGUUGCUUGGUUCCAAGUUUGCUAUACGAAGAGUUAUGUUGCUUGAGUUCAGUCAAUAUCUGGAGAAUUAUUUGUGGCCAAACUUCAAUCCAGAACAAACUUCACAGGCUCACUGUCUCAGCAUUGCUGUUAUGAUUAAUGAGAAAUUCAGAGAAAAGGUUCCAGCAUGGCAGGUUUUUAAGAAGAACCCAGAUCAUUUCCCGGCAUUCUUCAGAAAAGUGUUAGACCUGAGUGUGGCUGAUGAGAGUACAAUUUCCAUUAGAGAACAGAGUGUUCUGAUGUCAUUCAUUAUACACUGUUUUAAUAGUUUGGGCCGACUUGAGCAGGAGCUAAAAACGCAUCCAAAAUAUAAAAAGUUUUGGGGAAUAAUUAAAAAAAAUGACAGCAAGGCUGAUGACAAAGCUCUAGCAAGGUUGAAUUUUGAAAGAAGAUUUGUUGCAAAAAUCAUCGACCAUUUUUUCACUAUCCUAAAUUCAAUACCAGAAAAAGGUGAGGUGUCAAUGCAGAAAGUACAUUACUGUGAAAGAUUCCUUGAACUCCUGAUUGAUAUGGAGUCACUGUUGCCAGCACGUCGAUUCUUCAAUACAGUUCUGGAUAAUGCACACUUAGUUGUAAAAUGUAGAAUGUCUAAUCUAUCCCAACGAAAGGAAGGACGACUAUUUAAUCAAUUGCUAAAUGUGUUGAAGUUCUAUGCUGGAUUUGAGAUAGAUGAGAGAUCUGGUGAAGCUCUUACUGAUCACGAUAUGACUAAUAUACACUAUGAUAGAAUAACAUCAUUACAGAGGGGGGCAUUCAAGUAUUUUCCAGAGCUGAAGAAAUUCUCUAUGGCAAAUGUUGGUAGUAUUGAUACAAGAGAUAAGCUUUUAGCUCAUUUUGAACCACUUAGUACUGAAAAACUGCAUGAAAUCGCCGCAUAUCUGAAUCUGGUUCCACCGUUUGAAUCUGACGAGAAAUUUGAAAAGGAAUUCCUACUUGAGUUGCUGGUUUCCAGGCAUGAGAGGAGAGCGUCCCAAUUACAAGAACUGAAUGAGAUGCCAUUGUACCCCACAGAAGAAGUAUUAUGGGAUGAGAACAUAGUACCUACACAGUUCUUUUCUGGUGAAGACUGCCUUGCACUGCCCAAACUCAAUUUACAGUUUCUGACACUACAUGACUAUCUGUUGAGAAAUUUUAAUUUAUUCAGACUGGAAUCUACUUAUGAAAUUCGACAAGAUGUUGAAGAUUCAGUCAGUCGUUUGAAACCUUGGCUAGCUGAAGACGGUAAUAUGGUAUUUGGAGGUUGGGCAAGAAUGGCUUUGCCUAUCACUACAUUUUCUGUGGUUGAGGUUGCAAAACCAAAUAUUGGUGAGAAUCAUCCAUCUCAAGUACGAGCUGAUAUCACUGUGGUUUUGAACUUGAGAUCAGAAAUUAGAACAGAAUGGGAAGGUCUGAGAAAACAUGAUGUUGCCUUUGUAAUAACUGUACGUCCCACUAGGCAAUAUGGCACUAAGUACAAGGAGAAGGAACCAUUUAUACAACAGGUGGGGCUUACAUAUAUAAGAGGGUGUGAGAUUGAAGGCCUCCUGGACGACAGUGGAAAUGUCAUUGAGGAAGGAAUUGAACCUCGUCCAGAACUCAAAGGUCAAACACGUACAUAUCGUGUUUGGUUGGAUCCCAAUCAAUAUCAACAAGACAUGGCAAAGACAGCCACUGGAGAUGAGGAUGUCUACGAAACAUUCAAUAUUAUAAUGAGAAGGAAACCUAAAGAGAAUAAUUUCAAGGCUGUCUUGGAAACAAUCCGUGAUUUAAUGAACACUGAAUGUGUCGUUCCUGACUGGUUACACGAUAUAAUAUUGGGAUAUGGUGAUCCUGGUGCAGCACAUUAUUCAAAAAUGGAUUCUGCUGUGUCCACCUUGGAUUUUGUAGAUACGUUUUUGAACGUACAUCAUCUGAAAUCUAGUUUUCCUGAAUAUGAGAUCAAAGUCACUACAGAGGACCCAGCUUCUCAAAAACCACCUUUCAAAGUGACAUUCCCUGCUAAAAAAUCUGGGAAAAAACGAAAAAAAGGUGACACUGAUGAUAAAGUGGCUGAAGAGAAACAGAAACUACAGCUGGUAGUUGAACCAUACUCAAUUCCUAAUAGAGGUCCAUAUCCAUUUAACCAGCCUAAGAAGAAUGCCAUUCAUUUUACACCCACUCAAAUUGAAGCUAUAAAAGCAGGCAUGCAGCCUGGACUCACAAUGGUGGUUGGUCCUCCAGGUACUGGUAAAACUGAUGUAGCAGUGCAGAUCAUUUCCAAUAUCUAUCAUAAUUUUCCUGAUCAAAGAACUUUGAUUGUGACACACUCUAAUCAGGCAUUAAAUCAACUGUUUGAAAAGAUCAUAGCCUUAGAUAUUGACGAGCGUCAUCUGCUACGUCUUGGACAUGGUGAAGAAGCGCUGGAAACUGAAAAAGAUUUCUCACGAUAUGGUCGUGUGAAUUUUGUCUUAGCUAGAAGAUUGGAGCUGCUGAAGGAAGUAGCAAGACUACAAGAAAGCUUAGGAGUUCCAGGUGAUGUAUCUUACACAUGUGAAACUGCUGGACAUUUCUUUCUCUAUCAGGUGUUGUCAAGGUGGGAGAAAUAUACAAGUAAAAUCAAAAGCAGCAGAGAUGUGAAAAACAUUCAGGAGGAUUUCCCAUUUGAACAAUUCUUCUCAAAUGCCCCACAGCCAAUAUUCCAUGGAAAAUCUUAUGAAGAAGACAUGGAUAUAGCAGAAGGAUGUUUUAGGCAUCUCAGGAAAAUAUUUACUGAGUUAGAGGAGUUCCGUGCUUUUGAAUUGUUACGUAGUGGUGCUGAUAGGUCAAAGUAUCUACUGAUCAAAGAAGCAAAGAUAAUUGCUAUGACUUGUACACAUGCUGCACUAAAACGCAGAGAUUUGGUUGAUGUGGGAUUCAAGUAUGACAAUAUUCUAAUGGAGGAAUCCGCUCAAAUCUUGGAAAUUGAGACAUUCAUACCACUCUUACUACAGAUAGAGGUUGAGAAGAUGUUAAAAGAAAUGAAGAGAGCCCAACAACGUGAAGUGGAAGAUACAAAAGCUCUAGAAGACAUGAUACAUCAAGUCGAAACAAACUUAGAACUUACAACGAAUUUGGCUGAAGCCGAAUAUGUGGUAGCAUUGUUUAUGUUCAUGAGAUUAAUUGGAUACCCAGCUGACAAGAUAAGCAUUCUUACUACGUAUAAUGGACAGAAACAUCUCAUACGUGAUGUCAUUAAUCAGAGGUGUGGUAACAACCCACUCAUUGGUCGGCCUAGUAAGGUGACUACUGUUGAUCGUUUCCAAGGACAACAGAAUGAUUAUAUCUUGCUAUCACUUGUUAGAACUAAGGCUGUUGGACAUCUCAGGUAA